GAAACCCCGUAGUUGGCCCCAGCAGCUCAAUUCACUUCAUCGUUGCACAAUCCAAAAUGGCAGGAGCCGAUGGAGACGAUUCUCUUUACCCUAUCGCCGUUCUCAUUGACGAACUGCGAAAUGAGGACGUUCAGCUGCGACUGAACAGCAUCAAGAAGCUGUCCACUAUUGCACUGGCUCUUGGUGUGGAGCGGACUCGCACUGAACUGCUUCCUUUCCUCACAGACACCAUCUACGAUGAAGAUGAGGUGCUCUUGGCCUUGGCUGAGCAGCUUGGCAAUUUCACCAUGUUGGUGGGAGGCCCAGAGUAUGUCCACUGUCUCCUGCCUCCUCUGGAGAGCCUAGCAACAGUGGAGGAGACUGUCGUUCGAGACAAAGCCGUAGAGUCCCUCCGCAAAAUCUCUCAGGAGCAUUCUCCAGUUGACCUGGAGGUCCAUUUUGAGCCCUUGGUCAAGCGGCUGUCCUGCGGUGACUGGUUCACUUCUCGCACGUCGGCCUGCGGUCUCUUCAGUGUCUGUUAUCCACGUGUUUCUAGCACUGUUAAGGCGGAGAUUCGCCAGCAUUUCCGCACCCUGUGUUCAGACGACACUCCAAUGGUCCGUCGUGCUGCCGCUUCAAAACUGGGCGAGUUUGCCCGAGUGUUGGAGUUGGAUUAUGUUCGAAGUGAUAUCAUCUCCCUCUUCACGGCUCUGGCCUCUGAUGAGCAGGACUCAGUGCGGCUGUUGGCAGUGGAGGCUUGCGUCAGUAUCGCCACUCUGUUGCCUCAGGAGGACCUGGAGACCCUGGUGAUGCCCACCCUGCGACAGGCCGCCGAGGACAAGUCCUGGAGGGUCCGCUAUAUGGUGGCUGACAAGUUCUCAGAGCUUCAAAAAGCAGUGGGUCCAGAAAUAACAAAGAAUGACCUGGUCCCAGCAUUCCAGAACCUUCUCAAGGACUGCGAAGCUGAGGUCCGUGCCGCUGCCGCUAACAAAGUCAAAGAAUUCUGUGAGAACCUCCCAGAGGACAAUCGUGAGCAGAUCAUCAUGACUCACAUCCUACCGUGCGUCAAGGAACUGGUUUCAGACACCAACCAGCAUGUUAAGUCAGCUCUGGCCUUGGUCAUUAUGGGCCUCUCUGCUAUCCUGGGCAAGGAUAACACAAUAGAGCAUUUACUGCCUCUCUUCCUGGCUCAGCUCAAGGACGAGUGUCCCGAGGUGCGUCUCAACAUCAUCUCCAACCUGGACUGUGUCAACGAGGUGAUCGGCAUCCGUCAGCUCUCCCAGUCGCUCCUGCCAGCCAUCGUGGAGCUGGCCGAGGACGCCAAGUGGAGGGUCCGCCUGGCCAUCAUCGAGUACAUGCCCCUGCUGGCGGGUCAGCUGGGGGUGGAAUUCUUCGAUGAGAAGCUCAACACUCUUUGUAUGGCCUGGCUUAUUGACCACGUGUAUGCCAUCCGCGAGGCCGCCACCUGUAACCUGAUGAAGUUGGUGGAGAGGUUUGGAGCCGAAUGGGCGCAGAACACCAUUGUGCCAAAGGUUCUGGGCAUGGCCAACGACCCCAAUUACCUCCACAGGAUGACUACACUCUUCUGCAUCAACGCUCUGUCGGAGGCGUGCGGUCAGGACAUCACCACCAAGCAGAUGCUUCCCGUGGUCCUCAAGAUGUCCAACGACCAGGUGGCCAACGUGCGCUUCAACGUAGCCAAAUCUCUGCAGAAGAUCGGACCCAUCCUGGAUGGCAGCACACUGCGGGAUGAAGUCAAGCCGGUGCUGGAGAAGUUGGCCACUGACACAGACAUGGAUGUCAAGUACUUUGCCCAGGAGGCCAUCAGUGUCUUGCCGUGGCAUAAGUGAACCAACGCGUCUCAACCCUUUUACAAGAUAUUUAUUGAUGUUCAAGAUCAAUGGCUAACGGUAUCGACCAGUCCGCUAACUUUGAUAUUUUUCCUCUCCAUUUUCCUCCUUUAAGCCCCUUCGCUGUAAACAGAUGCUUCACCGUCAAGUGUCAAUCAAGUGGUGCAUGCUGACCAAUAGUGUUAAAAGCUAGCUAGGCAUCGCUGAGCCCCACGACCCCUCUCACAUUCCUCCUUCUUACUUUUUUUUUUUUUUCCUGCAUUGUCUUUAGCAACAUCAAAAUGUUGCAUUCUAUGACAAGUGGUUCCAAAGGUGACAUGUUCUUAUCUUCACAAGCGAAGUAGCCUCACUUGUCUUGGUUGCUACCCAAAUCCUCUCACAAGAAGGCAAAACGAGUGGAUUUGUGCGAAUAAAAGACACGGCGGUAUUUUGAACUCCUUUAACUGGACACCAGGGAUGGGCAAAUUGUAGCAUUUGUAAUUCGAAAAAACAAAUCAAACCUCAGAAGUGGGCCCUCAUCAGACUUGAUAAAAUGCUUCCACACCCCUGCUGUUCAUCCACUUUGAUUCCUAAUGAGGUGGUAGAAAACAUCUAUGGAUUGUAGCUAUGAGGUCAUGUUGCUUCUGGAACUCCCAAUUGACUCAAAUCCAGCCUUCUACUGGCGUAUGAUUGACAUGAACGGAAGAAAUAAACCACAAUGAGAAUCCAUCAAGCUCUUUGCCCAGAAAAUAGCUUGCAGUGUUUUAUUCAUACAAUUGUGGUCACCCAAUAAAAAAAAAAAAAAGGCCCAGAAUGCAUUUUGUCUCCCAAGUGUGCUUCUGUCACGAAACCACUUUCCAAAAUGGAAGUGCACUACAAGCCUUGAUGAGGGGACCAAUUAGAAUGUUUUAAUUAAGGGUCAAGCUGAUCUUGAAUUAUAAUUUGGCCUGAAGUUCAUUAUAAUGUGACUCAAAAUGCCUCAUUGGUGUUUAAGUGAGGCUUCCAAAAGACUUGGUUUGUCUUUUUUUUUUUUUUAUUGGGAGGGGCAAGACUGUUUGUGCACCAUUUAAUGACCUGUUUGGGUUUUAUUGUUCUUUUCAGUGCUUCACAUAUUUGAUGCUGUUCUACUGUAGCUUCAUCUGAAUAAAGUAACAAGUAC